AUGAGUGAAGAAGAAGCUGAUGAUACACCUAUAUUAGAUAUCAAACCUGCUUAGACAAAAGAAGAAAAUUAUCCAGCUUGGAUGAGGGAACUAUUAACAAAAGAAAAGAAGUUUAAUGAUAUGUUAGAAAGUGUAAAAACAGAAAUUCAAUAAGUUGAUAAAGGAUUAAGAGAAUUAGAUGAAAAAAAGAAAACCUUUAAAUAAGUGUAACGUGAUUAUAGACCAUAAAAGAUAUAAAAAUAACCAGAGAUUUAAGGAGACUAUCAUUAAUAUUAUUCACAAUUAAAAUAUGAGAGGAAUAAUAAGCUUAGUUUUUCUCUAAUUAAUUCACCUGUUGCUUCAUAAAUUCUACGCUUUCUAUAAGAUCCUAUUAAAAUAUGCUUAGUACUAUAAAGAGUAUGCCAGAAAUGGAAUUAAGUAUUUAAUUCAACUUUAGUAUGGAUGACUUUAAUUAAUCAUACAUUUGGAGAGAAUAUUUAAAAAUAAAUAAUGUAAGAAAAUUAUAAAAUUUUUGGAGUUUCCAUCUAUAAAUUAUUGUUAACCUCUAUUAAGUUUAUAAAGUAAAAUUCUCAAACAUUUACUCUAACUAAAGAUUAAGUAAAAUUAUGUUAAAAUGGUCUCUAAUUAAUCUAAAGAUUAUUAUGUAUUCCAGAAGAUUGCUAUAUUAAAAAUAAACUUAUAACAGAUUUAUAAAGUUCUGAAUUUAAAUCUUCAUUAGAUUCACUUUUAGAUACACACAAUCAUAUUGUAAAAUAGGAAGCAAUUAAUUUAAAAAUUACACUUUAAGGAAUUAACAAUUAUGCAUAUAAAACUUUGAAUGGGAUUAGUGAUUUAAUGAAACUUAAAUAUCGUUUGAAUGACUAAGAAAAUAAUAUAAUUUUACCUUCAAAAUAUUUUUAUGAACUUGUAUCUGAUGAUGCCAAAAUUUCAAUUAAUUUAAGUAAUCCUGAAGAUGAUUACAGAAAAGUAAAUAUCUAUUAUUAAUAUUAAAAUAGUUAAAGAAUUUGAAAGAGUUUAAUAAAUUUAUAGUUGCAAAAAUGAAUGGCUAACCAUUGUAUAUGAAUCUAUAAUUUAAGAAGAAUGAAAUUUUUGGUAAUGGUGAAGAUGAAUAAAGAAAUUUAAUAGUUUUUCAUGCACAAAUAAGAUUUGAUGUCUAAAAUAUCAAUAAACAAUUAAUAAAUGGAGUUGAAUAUUAUGGAGAAGGCGAAUUAAUUAUUGAAACUAGGUAAGAAAAAAAUCAUUAUGAUAUCUUUAUCAUACAAGACUUGAAACAGAAAUUUUAUGUUAUAGGAUCAUCAGCUUCAGAUACAAUCCUAUUUGAGUUUUUAUGA